AUGGAAGAGCUUGUUGCUGCAGCAGAGACUGUAGAACAAGAACAUGGUGCACGUAACGGUCAGAUAAGCUUUGUCUCAAACGAAGACGAUCCAAUUCCACCUACACCUUUACCUGAGGACACUCCUUCCUUUCACCCUUUGGAUGUCAAUAAUUUGUGUACAUGGAUAUAUCCUAUCAACUAUCCAGUGCGAGGAUAUCAGUUGAAUAUUGUCCAAAAAGCCCUGUUUAAUAAUACGCUUGUUGCAUUACCCACCGGUUUAGGUAAAACAUUUAUUGCUGCUGUCGUCAUGUUUAACUAUUGGCGUUGGUUUCCAAACUCCAAAAUCAUCUUUAUGGCACCUACUCGACCACUGGUGGAUCAGCAGAUCGAAGCCUGUUUUUAUAUCUGUGGUCUGCCUCAAUCGGAUACAUGUGACUUGACAGGAAGCACAUCGCCUGCUGCGCGCCGCGACUUGUGGAAAAAAAAGCGUGUAUUUUUCGCGACACCUCAGACAGUACAAAAGGACAUCAUUUCCAAUACGUGUCCUGCUGAACAGGUGGUAUGUGUUGUUGUUGAUGAAGCCCACAAGGCAACCGGUAACUACGCUUACUCUGAAGUGGUACGACGAAUUGCCAAAAAGAAUGAGCAUUUCAGAGUGCUCGCAUUGACAGCCACACCGGGUUCAAACCUGGACGCAGUUCAGGAUGUGAUCAGAAACCUUCGUAUUACCAACGUACAGAUUCGAACAGAGGAGUCCAUGGACAUUCGAGAGUUCUCGCAUGGCAAAAAUAUUCAGAAUGUCAUUGUUCGUUUGGACUAUACAGAAGGUGCUAGCGGUGAUUUACCUGCUCUUAUCGCUCGGUUUAGAGAUAACGUCUUUAAACCCCUACUGCUCGAUCUCUCUAAAAAACCUACAAAUGUUACACCAGAUCCUGACCAAUGGAGCCCGUUCAGAUUAAGAAGCUCUCGCACUUAUUUCACGACAACAUCUUCCAACUUGAACAGACACCUCGUCUUCCAGAUCGUGUCUACCUUUCUAGUAACAGAAUCUGUAAGUCGCGCUUACGAACUUCUCUGUCAGCACGGUGUUGCUCCCUUUGUAGAAAGUUUGGAAAAUACAUUGGAAGAACUGGAAGAGAAGGUUAAGUCGGGCAAGAACAUGACCUUUCCUCAGAAAAACCUUUACAAUAAUGCAGUGGUUAAAAGUAUGUUGCAAGAAUUGAACCAAAAGAUGCAACGGCCUGAUUUCAUUGGUCAUCCCAAGAUGGAAAAGCUCUUGUCUAUCUUAUUGUCUCAUUUUGGUAACCUCGAGAACGGUCAAGCGUCUAAGGUGAUGAUUUUUUCAAGCUUUCGUAGCUCGGUCAUGGAUAUUUGCCGGGUGCUUGAAAGACAUCAACCCAUGAUUCGAGCAACCUAUUUCGUGGGUCAAGCGACAGGAAAGAAGGGUAAAGGUCUUCGACAGGCUGAACAGCAAGAGAUUAUUCAAAAAUUCAAAUCAAACAACUAUAAUGUGAUUGUGUCUACCAGUAUUGGCGAAGAAGGUUUGGAUAUUGGUGAAGUAGAUUUGAUUAUCUGUUAUGAUUCACAAACAUCCCCUAUUCGAAUGUUACAACGAAUGGGUAGAACAGGUCGUCAGAGACGGGGUAAAUGUAUUUUGCUCAUGACGGAAUCAGAAGAAAAGAAGUUUGCUCAGGCAAAGGAUGCCUAUUCCAAGAUACAGCGACUCAUCGCCCAGCCCGGCAUGAUCACCUAUCAUAGACCUAACCCAAUCGUGAUACCAGCCGGCUACAGGCCUGUGAUCAGCAAGCAGGUCCUCAACAUU